GUCCAAAUCAAACAGCCAAACGGGCUAUUUGCAAAGCUUGCGAAAGCCAUGAAAAUAUAUUUGAAAAUGGAAAAAAUGAAGGACUCGAAUUAUGGAAGGUUUUGGGUUAAUGAAGACCAAGAAGUAAUGACAUACGAAGACCCUGAUGAAAAUAUGGCACGUAAUGCUGUUAGCGCAUUGCGCCAAGCAAGAGAACGAAAUGAUAGAGCUAUGUCCAUUGUUUCAUCAAAUUCUAGAACUUCAAAUGCCUCAAGUGUAUUAGGAUUGAUGUUCACUGACAGUACACAAAUAUCAGAAACCUCUUCGACCUCUUCACAUGUUAGUAAAGUAAAACAAUCUAAAACAAAAAAAACAAAUUAUGUUCUUGAUACAUACGUUGUUCGUCCACUAACAACAAGCCAGCAGUAUGAAUUUAAUCGUCUGAUCUUGCGCUUGAUAAUUCAAAAUGGGCUCGCACUUCGAUUUGUUGAGAAAAAAUUAGAACAAGCUAAAGUUUUUGCUCUUUCAAAGUCACAAGAGCCAGUUACAAUAAUAUUUGAUGGUUGGAAAAACGUGCGUUGCCAAGAAAUUUUAGGUGCUGUUAUUCUCUCUGCAACAAAUCAGCUAUAUAUAUGGGGUGCUGAGGAUAUUAGCAACCGUAGUCAAAAGACUCCUAAUGUAUUGAACAAGAUUAAUGCCUUUUUUGACCGUGCUAGUAAUCAAAAUCUUAAUGUAGUAGCAAUGGUUACGGAUAGCGCAUCAGUUUAUGCCUCCGCACGGCUAAUCUCUGUUAGUGAUAUAUUUAAACUUUCAUCAGAAUAUAAGCAAACAGUAAGAGAUGCCGUUACAAUUACAUCAUAUUUUAAUGAUAAACGACAUUCAAAAGCAAUAUCAUUACUUCGUGAUGAACAGCAGAGAAUUUACAAAAAAAUUUAUAGCUUUGUGCUUCCAGUAGCCACCCGCUGGAAUUCAUAUUACUAUUGCUUUGCAACCCUUCUAAGAAGCAAACGUGCCUUACAGUCAUAUUCGAUCCUAUAUCCAAAUUCUUUCAAAUCAUUAGACAAAUCCCAAAACGUUAUUGAUGAUAUUCAAUUUUGGAUCCAUCUUGAAGAAUUGGUAAAGCACCUUCUCCCCUUUGUCAGUAUUUUGGAUUAUCUUCAGCAUGAUGCAGCCAAUCUUUUUGAUGUUGCUUAUGCAUUCGGAUAUAUAGCACAGCAAUAUGAAGAUAAACUUGAAAAAAGAUGGGCAGAUUGGGAGCAACCUCUUCUUAUUCUGGCUGUUAUAUUUUAUCCACAAUAUCGUACUCAGGCUUUGUCUAACCAUAGUUUUUUUUCUCUUGAGCGAAUUACAUGUUGGAUUGAAUAUUAUUAUGAAAUGUGGUUUGGUGUAAAGCCAAAGUGUGUCGCCCUAGAAUUAACUGAAUACUAUAUGAAACGUGGUAUAUUUGGCAAUGAGUGGUUUGAAAACACUAUUGAAGUUAUUUCAAAAGAAGGUAUGUCAAUGAAUAAUGCAGUUGGACUCACAUUGUUGCGAUAUUGGGAAUUUGCAGCAAUUGAUCAAAAGGAGAUUGGUAAAGUUGCUCUUAGGUUGUAUAGUAUUAAAAUUAAUUCUGCACCAUGUGAGUGCCUUUUUUUCCGAAUGGGAUGGUUUCAAAGUCCAAGACGCAAUCGCCUCAAAUUACAAACGAUCUUUAGAAUGACUCAAAUUGCAGCCGAAAUGGCAUGGGAGGAGCAUUUGGAUAGUGCCGAAAAGGUUCGACAAACUGUUAUCAAAAAUCUU